CCGGACGCCGGGGUCCCCGCAGCUGACGGGGCCGGGGAGCGGCCCGGGGUCCCCCCCGCUGCUGGAUGCGGGCAGCCCCCGGCGCCCCGCCGCGAUGGGCGAGUGGACGAUCCUGGAAAGGUUGCUGGAGGCCGCGGUGCAGCAGCACUCGACUAUGAUCGGCAGGAUCCUGCUGACGGUGGUUGUCAUCUUCCGGAUCCUGAUCGUGGCCAUUGUGGGCGAGACGGUGUACGAGGACGAGCAGACCAUGUUCAUGUGCAACACCCUGCAGCCGGGCUGCAACCAGGCCUGCUACGACAAGGCCUUCCCCAUCUCCCACAUCCGCUACUGGGUCUUCCAGAUCAUCCUGGUCUGCACGCCCAGCCUCUGUUUCAUCACCUACUCCGUCCACCAGUCGGCCAAGCAGCGGGACCGGCGCUACUCCUUCCUCUACCCGCUGCUGGAGAAGGACGCCCGGAAGGCGCGGAGCGUCAACGGGAUCCUGGUGCACAACUCCGAGGGCUCGGCCAAGGAGGAACCCGACUGCCUGGAGGUCAAGGAGCUGCCCAGCACCCCCCGGCGCCCGCCCAAGAGCGCCAAGGUGAAGCGGCAGGAGGGCAUCUCCCGCUUCUACAUCAUCCAGGUGGUCUUCCGCAACGCGCUGGAGAUCGGCUUCCUGGCGGGCCAGUAUUUCCUGUACGGCUUCAACGUGCCGGCCAUCUUCGAGUGCGACCGCUACCCCUGCGUCAAGGAGGUGGAGUGCUACGUCUCCCGCCCCACCGAGAAGACCGUCUUCCUGGUCUUCAUGUUCGCGGUCAGCGGGAUCUGCGUCCUGCUCAACCUGGCCGAGCUCAACCACCUGGGCUGGCGCAAGAUCAAGACGGCCAUCCGGGGCGUGCAGGCGCGGCGCAAAUCCGUCUGCGAGGUGCGCAAGAAGGACCUCUCGGCCCUGGCCCAGGUGCCGCCGCUGGGCCGGACCCAGUCCAGCGAGUCCGCCUACGUCUGAGCCCCGGGGGCGGCCGGGGCCUCCCGCUUUACAAUGCAAACGCCAGUGAGUGCUUCUCGAGCCGCCCCUCCCGACCAGGGGGGGCUCAGCAGGUUUGCUCCAAGGGCUGAACGGGAGACAUGACCCCCCCAAGAUCCAGCUGGGGUGUGGGGGGGCUCCCGGCUCCAACUCACUUAAAAAAAUAUUUAUUGUUUCUCGGAGUCUUCCACCAUGGUGCAAGCAGGGGGGCGGGUUCCUGGAACUCCCCCCCCCAUCAGCCUUUUCCAGCCCUGGGAUCAGCCAGGGGUGGGAAUAUUUG